CUAUAUAUAUGUAGAUAUAUAUAUUUACAAACGAUAAUAAAAAACAUGGUGCAAAGCUCAACAAAUUUUCUGUGGCGAGUUCUUAAGUUUCCGAGCCGCGCAGUUAGCAUGAAAAGAAUAUGAAGAAUUAUUGUAUUUCUAUUUGCUUUUCCGUUCGUGCUCGUGAUUGUGUUCGUGCUUGUGCUUGCUCAUUUUCUUUAACGGCGUAGCCAUGUGGAAAAUACACAACAAACUUUUAAUAUACUUACUCUGGAUUAUGGAAAUAAGAUUAGUAUCCAGCUUUACGUCUGUCAUGCUCUGCGGCCGUAUACCCGGUCUGACGAUGGGCCAACGUCAGCUAUGCAGCGAGAUGCCCGAUGCACUGAUCGCACUAGGUGAGGGUCAGCAGCUCGGCGCCCACGAGUGUCAGCAUCAGUUUCGUGGCCAUCGCUGGAAUUGCUCGGAGGUGUGGCAACGCAAUGUGUUCUCACAUGUUGUGCCAAUAGCUUCUAGGGAGGCCGCUUACACCUAUGCAAUAGCCAGCGCUGGUGCUGCCUAUGCAGUGACUGCAGCCUGCGCGCGAGGCAACAUUUCGCUCUGCGGUUGCGAUGUGCGGCACAAGACAUCGCCGCCGCCGGAGCCCUGGAAGUGGGGCGGCUGUUCGGCCGAUGUGGAAUUCGGUAUGCGUUAUACGCGCAAAUUUAUGGACGCACGUGAAUUGGAGCGAGAUUCGCGUACGCUCAUGAAUUUGCAUAAUAAUCGCGUGGGGCGCACGCUAGUUAAGAAGCUGCUGCGUACAGAUUGCAAGUGCCAUGGCGUCAGCGGCUCGUGUGUCAUGAAAACCUGCUGGAAAAGCCUGCCGCCCUUUCGCCUGAUUGGUGACAAGCUAAUGCAAAAAUAUCAAAAAGCCAAAACUGUGCAGGCCCUGAGAGGCAAACGUGGACUGAGAUUAGUAUUAAGCAGAAAGAAGCAUCAGAUGGCGCAGAAGGUCUCACUGAUGGUGCCCAAACGCAUGGAGCUGAUCUAUUUGGAGGCAUCGCCCAAUUAUUGUGAGCGCAGCAUUCAAACGGGCACGCUGGGCACAAUGGGUCGCAUUUGCAAUCGCACCGGUCAUGGCCCACAGAGCUGUGAUCUUUUGUGCUGUGGGCGUGGCCACAAUACACAGCACAUACAGCGAAGUCAGCAAUGCAGAUGCCAGUUCCAUUGGUGCUGUCAAGUGGAGUGCGAGGUGUGCGACGAGAGUUACGAAGAGUUCACAUGUAAAUAGAAAAUAUAGUUUGUCCGCAAUGAACAGACAGACAGACAGCUAAGCCAGUAAAAGAUGCAAAUGUUUCUAGUAUUACUUAGUUACGAAUAGUUCUUAAUGAUUCUAAUGUUUCUAGUAUUAUGCGAAAUUUCAUGUAUUACAGACACACACACAAACACACUC